UAUUCUAUAUUCUAUUGUGUUCACAAGAUUUGGAGCUGGGAAAUCAGAACCCAAGAGAGCACAGCCUCAACAAACACCCAACCCACAGUUCAUUGUAUUUGUUCCCACAAAGAACUUAAAAAACAGCAAACGUGCUGUUCUUUGUCUGCACUCUUACAUCCUUCCACACCCAGGCAAAGUGAAGGCUAAAAAGGGGAGCUUUCUUCUUUAAAUUACAUUUUCCUCUUCUUUGGAGUCUGGGUUUUUUGCUGCUUUUGAGGGACCUGCAGGCAUGCCUUCAACCCCAUGAGGUGAGGAGAGGAAUUGGAGGUGUAGGAGAGAUUAGUGUUGAUGGGUCAGAAGAUGCACCACCACACGGUGGCUAUGAGGUUGGGGGAGCAAUUGAGCAGUAAGAGGAAGUACACAUUGAUCCACAGGAAUAGGCUCCCACAGUUGUUGGCUUUUUGGAUUCUUCUCAUGUUCUUUAUCAGUAGUGUGAUAUUCAAUUCUCUGGAUGCUAUGAACAAGGAGAAGAGGAAAGAGGCUUUGGUGAGCAUGUGUGAUCAGAGGGCUAGGAUGUUGCAAGAUCAAUUCAGUGUCAGUGUUAACCAUGUUCAUGCCCUUGCCAUCCUUGUCUCCACUUUCCAUUACUACAAGACCCCUUCUGCCAUUGAUAAGGAAACAUUCGCUGAAUACACUGCUAGAACAGCGUUCGAGAGGCCUUUAUUGAGCGGGGUAGCCUAUGCGGAGAGAGUUCUUAAUUCGCAGCGGGGGAGCUUCGAGGAUCAGCACGGGUGGACUAUUCGAACGAUGGAUAAAGAGCCUUCACCGAUCAGGGACGAGUAUGCCCCGGUCAUACUCGCACAAGAAACCGUUUCUUACCUCAAGUCGAUCGACAUGAUGUCAGGGGAGGAGGACCGGGAAAACAUCUUGAGGGCUAGGGCUACUGGGAAGGCUGUUCUUACAAGUCCCUUCAGGCUUCUAGACUCUAAUCACCUUGGUGUCGUUUUGACAUUUCCGGUUUACAAAUCCAUGCUGCCAGCUAACCCGUCACAGCAGGAUAGGAUCGAAGCAACUGCAGGAUACCUUGGCGGGGCCUUUGAUGUCGAGUCUCUAGUUGAAAACCUGCUCGGGCAACUUGCCGGAAACCAAGCGAUCGUCGUGAAUGUUUACGACAUUACCAAUGCUUCUGAUCCUUUAGUCAUGUAUGGACAACCGGGCCAAGAGGGCGACCUGUCCCUGACACACGUGAGCAAGCUUGAUUUUGGCGAUCCAUUUCGUAAGCACGAGAUGAUAUGCAGGUAUCUUCAGAAGGCUCCUACCGCGUGGGCUGCAGUAACCUUUGCGUUCUUUAUCUUCGUGAUCGGGUUUUUGGUUGGGUAUAUGAUAUACGGUGCUGGAAUUCACAUUAUUAAAGUCGAGGACGAUUUCCACAAAAUGCAGGAAUUGAAGGUUGAAGCCGAAGCUGCUGACAUUGCAAAAUCUCAGUUUUUAGCUACCGUUUCGCACGAAAUAAGAACUCCCAUGAAUGGAAUCUUAGGAAUGCUUGCUCUGCUUCUUGAUACGGAUUUGAGUUCGACCCAAAGGGAUUAUGCUCAAACAGCACAAGCCUGUGGAAAAGCGCUGAUAACAUUGAUAAACGAAGUGCUGGAUCGAGCAAAAAUUGAAGCGGGGAAAUUAGAACUCGAGACCGUCCUGUUCGAUAUUCGCUCAAUACUUGACGAUGUUCUCUCUUUAUUCUCCGAGAAGUCUAGGAAGAAAGGCGUCGAGUUGGCCGUCUUUGUUUCUGAUAAGGUUCCCGAAAUUGUUUUUGGGGAUCCCGGAAGAUUCAGACAGGUGAUAACAAAUCUGGUUGGCAACUCUGUCAAAUUCACUGAACGAGGGCAUGUAUUUGUUCAAGUUAGUCUAGCCGAAGAAGCAAAGGCAAAAUCUGAAGCAUGCUUGAACGGCGGAUCGGAAAGAUUUAUACCGUCGAGUGGGUAUCAUUGCGAAACCCUAAGUGGUUACGAAGUUGCCGAUAACCGGAAUACUUGGGACAGUUUUAAGCACGUAAUUCCCGAUGAACCGUUGUACUAUAGAGCUGCGAACAAACUGAUGACCGAUGAUGCGUCUCAGAAUGUUACUCUGAUGGUAUCUGUUGAAGAUACCGGGAUCGGGAUCCCGUUACAUGCACAAGACCGAGUUUUCACGCCCUUUAUGCAAGCCGACAGUUCCACUUCGAGACACUAUGGAGGAACCGGGAUUGGAUUAAGCAUUAGCAAGUGUCUAGUUGAGCUGAUGGGCGGUCAGAUAAACUUUAUCAGUCGUCCCGAUGUAGGGAGCACGUUUUCUUUCACCGUUAACUUCCAAAGGUACGAGACGAAUGGCAGCGUUGAUUUGAAAAAGGGUCUUUCCGAUGAUUUGCCUAUGUCGUUUAAAGGACUAAGAGCUAUUGUCGUUGAUGGGAAGCCCGUUCGAGCUUCUGUAACAAAGUAUCAUUUGAAGAGACUCGGGAUCCUGGUCGAGGUGGUGAAUAGCAUUAAGAAAGCUGUAGCGGUGUUCGGGAAAAAUGGUUCCUUGAUUUCCAAAAGUCAACUUCAGCCGGAUAUGAUUCUUGUUGAGAAAGAUGUGUGGAUGUCUGAAGAUGGCGGGGGGAUGAACUUACAGAUACCGAACUUGAAGCCGAAUGGACACACGUACAAGGUGCCGAAGAUGAUUCUCCUUGCGGUGGAUAUUUCGAGUGCGGAGUUUGAGAAGGCUAAAGCUGCGGGAUUUGCGGAUACGAUCAUAAUGAAGCCUUUGAGGGCGAGCAUGGUGGGGGCGUGCCUUCAUCAGGUGUUGGGAAUGGGAAAGAAGACCCAAGGAAAAGACGCGUGCAACAAAUCGACUCUUCGUGGCCUACUUUGCGGCAAAAGAAUCUUGGUGGUCGAUGAUAACCGGGUGAACCGGAGAGUUGCGGCUGGCGCACUCAAGAAGUUUGGUGCUGACGUGGAGUGUGCGGAGAGCGGGGCAGCCGCUCUUGCAUUGCUUCAGAUACCGCACAAUUUUGAUGCUUGCUUCAUGGACAUUCAGAUGCCCGAAAUGGACGGAUUUGAAGCCACUCGUCGUAUUCGUAAAAUGGAAAAAGAAGCUAAUGAUCGGGUGAACGGCGGAGGACUAGAGGGAGAAGGAAGGCGCAUGUGGCACGUCCCGAUAUUGGCCAUGACGGCCGACGUCAUUCAUGCCACACUAGACAAAUGCCUCGAAUUCGGGAUGGAUGGAUACGUCUCAAAGCCAUUCGAGGAAGAGAAUCUCUACAAGGCCGUGGCCAAGUUCUUUGAAUCGAAGCCCAUGCCCGAUGUCUAAAGUCCCCCAGCUAAGCAAUCCGUGCAGCACGGGUCUCCUGAAAAGUGCAUCUGAGCAGCAAAGUUUUCCACGUUCUACUGGUUGGAAGCCAUGGAUAUCCUGAUGAAGCAUCGUUGUUGUUGAGAUGUGUUCCUGGGGAUGAUAACGUUGUCGGUUAUUGUAUCUAACCGGUUUCAGUUUUAACUAAUUAGCUAUAAAAGGCGUGUACCUAUAGUUGCCCCAGGAAUAUUAUUAUGUUCAUUCUCCCUCCAAGGUGUAUGUAGAUUUUAGAAGAGGAAGCUAAAGAGAGUACAAUCAAUCUGACAAUGGUAGCCAAAGAUGUACAAUAUUGACAUUCUUGUAUGGUCUGGUCUUCAGAGGUUUCUAUUGAGGUUAUCCAUUCCUUUGAUUUGUGCAUCA